AUGCACAUGGCGUAUCGCAUCUUCUUCCCGCCGAGCGCGGAGGACACGGCGCGAAUGGAGGCGAAGAAACGGCUGCGGAUGAUCUUGGUGGCGGAUCGGUGCACGAUGAGUGAAACCUCGAUGGACGCGAUGAAGAUGAAGAUCAUGGACGUGGUCGGGGAGUUCGUGGACGUCGACGAGGCGCAGGAGGUGGACGUGAGCAUGAACACGGACGAGGAGUUUGGAACGAUGUACGCGGUGUCGAUUCCGGUGAAGAGGGUGAAGGCGGAGUACGAUGCGGAGAAUGAUGCGUACAUGAUGGGCGCGCAGUUCGUGUACGACGAUGAGGAUGUGUGGGCGGAGGAGGACUGA